AUGCAGUUUGCAGUCUCUUUGGGCCCGCUUGUGCAUUCUGCAUUCUGCAUCUGCAUCCUGCAUCGGGUGCAGUUCACAGCUUUGGGGCUGAUUCUGCAUUCUGCAUUCUGCAUCUGCAUCUGCAUCGGGUACCAGUUCACAGCUUUGGGCCCGCUUCUGCAUUCUGCAUUCUGCAUCUGCAUCCUGCAUCGGUGCACAGCUUUGGGCCCGAUUCUGCAUUCUGCAUUCUGCAUCUGCAUCCUGCAUCGGGUGCAGUUCACAGCUUUGGGGCCGAAGAGAGGCCCUGCCGGGGGCUGCUGUGUGCGAAACCCGGGCCGCGUCGCGCCGUUGGCGCUCCUCAGGAGGAUGCAGGAUGCAGAAUGCAGAAUGCAGAAUCAGGCCCAAUGCAAAGCUGUGUCUGAACUGCACCCGGUGCAGGAUGCAGAUGCAGAAUUUUACAACAUACCUCGCUCGCUAAGCGACUCGGACGUGGUCGAGACCUUUGACAUUGGAUACACGGUGGAGGCAUGCGUGUGGGGGCUCAAGGAGCCGCGAGCGAGCGGCUUUGACGGUGACGAGGUGUACAACCUGCUACUGCGGCACGGGUGGAUGGUGACCGCCGGCUUCCUCGGCCUCUUCGUCCGUGUCUUCACCUACCUCUUCCGCUCGCGCAUCGUUGGUGGGCUCGUGCGCCUGUGGUCGGAAGCCCCCCCAGACCUCAUCGUCUCAUUCGUGCCAUUCUUCAACUCGCACAUGCGGGACGCGUUGGAGACAGUAAACCCGAACGCGACGCUCAUCACCGUCGUGACUGACUUUGCCAGCUCGGCGGAGCACCCGUGGGUGGACGAGCGGCGGCGCGGCGGCGCGCACGGUGAACUGGCGCAGCCCGAGGAGGAGGAGCGGGACGAGCCCGAGGAGGACGCGUGUGGUGCCCUGCUCGGCCGGCCGCAAGAGCCGCGCCGCGCGUUGGUGAGCUUUGGCGCGAUGCCUCCGAUGCGCGUCGAGGCGGUCGUCGAUGCGCUCAAACGGCGUUGGCCCGCGCUGGAGGUGCGGGACCACAUGCGCCGCACAGACAUGGUAAUUGGCAAGCCGGGCCCAGGCACCGUCUCGGAGGCGCUGGCAAGCGGCGCGGCCUUCGUGAGCGAGCGGCGUGGCGUGAUGGCGCAGGAGAAGAAAGUGCUCGAGUGGGUGGAGGAGGUGGGCGCUGGCGUCGUGGUCGACGACCUCUCCUCGCCGCCAGCCGACCUCUGCGAGGCAGUGCGUCGGUGCCAUCCCACGGUGCGAGCGCGCGCCGAGGCAAACCGAGCGGUGUUCGAGGUGCGCGAUCUGGUGAUGCGCUGCCUCGAGCUGGACGUUUCUCAAACGCUCCUCGGAGCCGCUUCGGAGGGGACCUGGUGA